AUGGCGGCGGGGCGGCUGCCGGCGCUGCUGUUGCUCCUCGCCCUGCUGCUGGCCGGCAUGGCGGGACCCGGCGCUCGGGCGGCGCGGAGCCGCGGCGCCGAGAAGCAAAACAGCCUCCGCCGCGCCGCCAGCGGCCUCUACCAGGGCAUCAGCAGCAUCUUCGGCGAGGACAACGUGCGGGCCCUGCAGAAGUUUUUUUCAAGGUUGACAGAGAGGUUUGUGAAUGGGGUGGAUGUAUUAAUGGACACAUUCUGGAGAAUAUGGACCGAUUUGUUAGAUGUUCUUGGAAUUGACGCCUCCAACUUGACUCAUUAUUUCAGCCCAGCUGCAAUUGCCAACAACCCAACCCGUGCUCUUCUGCUGAUUGGUGCCAUUUUACUUGCCUAUUGGUUUUUAUCUCUCUUCCUUGGAUUCUUCUUCUAUCUCCUGCACAUGCUGUUUGGCCGCUUUUUCUGGAUCGCGAGGGUUGCCCUUUUCACUCUCUCAUGUGUAUACAUCCUCCAGAAGUACGAAGGUGACCCGGAACACGCAGUCCUGCCUCUCUGCUUUGUUGUAGCAGUCUACUUUAUGACAGGGCCAGUUGGAUUUUACUGGAGAAGAAACAGCAACAGCAGCCUCGAGGAGAAGAUGGACCACCUCGACAGUCAGAUCAGACUUCUGAACAUACGUCUUUCCAGGGUGAUUGAAAACCUGGACAGGGGCAGUGACCAAUGAACCAGCUCCUACAGACCACUGUACACCAGCUCUAGAAAAUAAGUUCCUAAGCACUGUCUCAUUGAAAGUUACAAAGCAACAAAACAUCACAUGGUAAAAAGUGUGGAGAGUUAUAACUUUUCAUCAUGUGUAAGACUAAUUUAUCUAGAUUAUACACUCAGCCAUUAUACUUGUAGGAAAGAAAGAAACAAACAAAAAACCAACAAACAUUUAAAGAAUCAGCUGUAUAUUCAGAGAGUUUUAUCCAGUACUAGAAUUUUCUCAGUAGAUAAACGCUUACUUUUACAAGCAUUUAAAAACAUCUUUUCUAAAGUUUUUAUAAAAGCAAAUUGAGUAGUCUUUCAACUAUUGAAACUGAGCUAAACAUAUGCAAAUUUGACACUUAAAAAGGAAAAAAAAAAUCUCAAGCUACCAAACGCUUCCAUGGAGAAGUAACUGCUGUGGGUCCACUUUUUUUUUUUUUUUAUUUCUGAAGUGGUGAAUGUUUUUGUUCUAAUGUUUGCUUAUAUCAUUGCCUUGAAGUUGCCUUUCAUAGAGUAUCAGAUGAGGAAUUUUCUGGUAUCCAGGCCAAAAAAUUCACACCAUGGCUUUUAACAGGAGGUGGGGAAUAAGGGAGAUGGAAGAUUUCAUGCAUUUGAAGUCCUUAAAAGCCAGUCCAGUGUGAGAAAUUGAGAAGUGCACGAGUGGCGUCAUUUCAUUGCAUUUCAUCCUGAGAGCUCUAAUUUGGUGUCUGAAAGGAAAUCUGAUUUAAUGAGUUGACACAGAAGAGAUUGUAGCGUGGCAAAUUGAAACUUGUAUUCAUUCCUCACAGUGAAGCAUUUUCCAAGCGUAACUGCAUAGAAUAAAACAUGAUUUCUGAUCUCAGGACCCAUGUACCUUCUCAAAAAAGGCAGCAGUGAAAACAUUUGCAGAUGUAUUGUUGUUUAAAGCUUUCUCAGGACCAAUAAGCGGCAAUAAAUUCUCUUCAGGAAGAUCUGGAUUUUUUUCUAAAGUUGUAAUAGUUUUAUAGGAGCUUUUUGCUUGAAGUCUGUUCUUGCCAUGUUGGGUUUGGGGGAGUCACCUUAUGAGAAGGGUGGAUUAAACAUUUGUGUUUCAAAGUAAUACAGGAACUUUGAAGCAAUUUUAAUUUAAAGGAUUCUGUGUAUUUGUAACCUUGAGAAUUAACUAGCUGGGUAGAGUACCACUGGCUUUGUACAGUGUGCUGAAAUGCAUUGAAACAGAGGUAAGCUCAGGGAAGGAAGUCCAAGAGGCUUAACUUUGUAACUUGGAGCAUUAAGGCUAUGAACAGGGGGCAGGAGGAGAAGUAUCUGAACCAUAGCAAUGAGCACACCAUGAAUACUGUUGAGAGGUGAAAUGGACCACAGCUGAAUAACUACAUAGUCCAUAAUAUCAAAAUAAACAAGUACAGUAAAAAAUGCACCAAAAUUGGGCCUAUGAUAGGGACUGGCUGAGAAGGCAGGGAAAGAAGUGUAGGUGCUGUGUGUGCUGUGCUUUGCCUGCCAGUGCUGGCUCCAGUGGGACUGGCCUGGAGUGGCUGAGCGCAGCUUGGCUUCUUGUUUUGUUGGGUAGGGCUUCUGUUGGAUGUGACGCCUAACUGAAUGUAACUGUGGGGUGAAUUUAUUUUUCCUCUUUAUGCUGAAGUUUAAUACUCUUCUUAAAGUGUCUGUUACUUGCCUGGCCCCUUUUGGGCUGUCUGUAACAUUUACAUGACGGAUUAUUUUUAAAUCCAUGUUAAUGGCCUUUAUCCUAACUGUGAUCACUUCAGUUCAACACGGUUGAAGUUCAUAUGCACUUGGCACUGUUGUAACCCGCUUUAGUUUUCUGUCUCACCUGUAAAUUCACCUGCACCCUGUUUCCUCGAGAAAUGUACAUUUAGAGUUACAAAGUAACUGCUUUCCAUAACUUGCAAUCUUUCCCUUGAACAGGAAAGUACUGUGGCAACAGAGAGCCUGCUUCAUGGAGCUGGAAAUGUAAAUGACAGUAUACUCCUUUUUACAGCUCAUUUUCCAUAGUAUUACAGAGUCUUCCCUGUAAACGGUUUUCCCUAUGGUUGUGCACAGAGGACUGGGAUAAACCAUCAACCUGGAGACGAGGAAUUGGUUAGCAAAGCUUGUCAGGUCUUCAUAUGUUUGCUGAAUUUGAGGCCUGAGGACCAAAGUCUGCAAACCUCACUUGUGUAAGCGUCUCCAUCAGCUUCUGUGGGACGAUGAGCACGGGUCGGGUUUGCAUAGAUUGUAUUUUGUGUAAUCCGUAUUUAAUGUUGAAGUUAAAAAUAUGGAGUUGUUUCUAUAUGAAGAGUUGUCUAUGAGAAAGGUUUCUUUUACAAUACUAUAUAAAAGUUAAUUUGGAUUAUAGUUUCUUCCUGUCUCGCUCUAAUAAUUUACCUUAGUUUCGUAAAAUCAGCCCUCCUAUAUUAAUACUCUUUAAUUUUGACCACCUUGCUGCUUGAGAAAAUGUAUUUUUGUAUUUACUGGCAUCCCAUGUAUAGCAAAAUGUUAUGUGAAAAGCUUAUAUAUAUGAAAUUGGAUAUUUUUAAUCAGUAUUUUUCCCAGCGCUCAGUUUUCAUGUUAAGUCAAAUUCAGAAGUGAAGAUUUUUUUUUUAAAGCACAAUCUAAUCUUAUAUAUAUAUAUAUACACACGCGCACACACACACACACACACUUUAAAAAUGCCUGUAUUUUUAAACAUGCACUGUAGUGAAAGCGCUUUUGGGACAUGACUGUGGUAUUGUAUUUCAUCUUCUUUAGCUUCUGUAAAUACCUUUUCCCAGUAUUUUCCAUACCAAGCCAUCUUGCUGAUCCAAUGAGGCUUGUGCUCUCUUUUCAGCACGUUCGUUGCGCCACUCUGGUAUUGCAUUGUAGAACUAUCUCAUACGAGUUUGCAGAGGUGUGCAGGUGUCACUGUGUUGCCAACUGAUAAACCAAGACAUAGAAUUUGACAAGCUUGCCCCAGUUGGUGGCAUAAAUGAGAAUAAAACUUGUCUCCCACAGCUCUCAGCAUUUUGCCCUGACUGCUGAAAGAUGGGUGGCACCUUUAACAUCCUGCUUCCCGUGGUGUCCAAGCUGGCAUGAGCUUCCAUGCAUCCUUGCCUGUAAGGGCCGCUCCUCCAGAACAGAUCUGAUUUACUGUCCUUGACAGAACACCCUGUGAGAGCAGCUGGUGUAACAGUUUUUAAGAUGGUCCUCAGACUGUCCAGUGUCAGAAACUCCAGUGAGUUCCGAAGGGUUUUAUACUUUGUACUUCCAAGACCUACCAUUUCAAACUCCUGUUGUAUUUUCGCAUACAUACACAUUUUUGCAAAGCUAACUUGGGCAGCAGUGUCUUUGGGAGCCCACACCUCACCUCUAGAUAACUGAUCUGUUGUAUUUGGAAUGUAAACGCUUUUAACAGUGGUUUUGGGUGUCAGAGUACAACGUAUACAACCUGGUGUAAUUCAGUGCUGUACUUAAUAGUGCGUCCUGCAAAUUGUGAUCUGCUUUUAGAGACUUGUUUGCUCGUUAGUAUGGAAAAUAGACCAGUAUCAGUCUUAGCUCUUCGAUGGUGUAGAAGUUUCUAAGUGUGAUUUGCCUCACGUACUGAUCUGUAUUUGGCAGCUAAUGACGUAAAUGACCAUAAGUUCUCUUUGUCUGGGUUGGAAAAUAAGAGGUUUUGUUGUACCCGCAUGUAUUUUAAACUUUUGGAUAAUUCCAUCGACUUGUGAUGACAGCACAUUUAAAAACUGAUCUUUUCCUUUCUUUGCUGUAGUAGCACUUGUUAUCAGCACUGAUGUUAGUGACUUCACCUCCUGUUUUGUACAUCAGAUUCCAGGAUUAUAGUGUUUAAGUUUGUACACUUGUGUUUAUCUAGAAAAUAAUUUGAUCUGAAGAGAAAAUGUAUGUAACUUUUGCCAUAUGAUCCAUAGGGGAAUCAUAGAUUCUACUGAUAAUACUGUUAAGUAGUUACAAAUGUAUCAAGACUUAUUUUUUACAGAGCUAUACAUGCCUUUAUUUAUGACUUAUCUGACCACCCAAUCACUGUACUAUGUAGUUAAAUAUUUGUAGACCAAUUUCACAAAUCAACUAUGGUAUUGUGACAAAGCUUAAAAUAAAUGUUUACUGAAACUUUGC